AUGGGAUCUGUGAUUACAGCUGCCAAUGUUGAGCAAAUUGCAGGGCUUAACACCCUUGCUCGUAUUCACUAUCAACCCGGUGGUCUUAACCCAGUCAUCUUUGUUCUUGAUGGCAAACUCGAUGUGGGAUUCAUCACUACAACAAACAAGUUUGUUUCCCAAACUAUAGCUUUUCGCACAUACAUAUACCAUCAGUCUAACAAAUUUUUUUUCUAUAUAAAUGAAGGUAACUCCUUUCACUUACAUAAAAAAAUUAUUGGUAUCUAUAUUUUGUCCCGUUGGUUUUUUUGCUUGCAACUAAUAAUUUCUUCCGUGGUUUUUGUUGAUCUUUUCAUAUUUGUUGCCUUUUGGGGCUUGGUUGCAUCUGAUCCUGAUCAUCUCCAAGAUUUUUGCGUUGCUGAUAAAACCUCAAGAAUAAACGUGAAUGGAUACCCAUGCAAGAACGCGGUCAAUGUUACGGAAGUUGAUUUUUUCUUCGGUGGUUUAGCCAAUUCAGCAGUGAUCAACAACUUAGUGGGAUCUGUGAUUACAACAGCCAAUGUUGAGAAAAUUCUAGGGCUUAACACCCUCGGUGUCUCACUUGCUCGUAUUGACUAUCAACCCGACGGCCUUAACCCACCCCACACUCACCCACGCGCCUCCGAAAUCAUCUUUGUUCUUGACGGCGAACUCGAUGUGGGAUUUAUCACUACAGCAAACAAGUUGAUCUCCAAAUCCAUAAAAAUAGGCGACAUUUUUGUGUUCCCCGAGGGUUUGGUUCAUUACCAAAAGAACAAUGGUGUAAAACCAGCUUCCGUGAUUGCAGGAUUUAAUAGUCAAUUCCCCGGAACUCAAUCCAUUGCCACAACAUUGUUUACUUCAACACCACUAGUGCCAGACCAUGUGUUGACCAAGGGCUUCCAAAUUGGAACCAAAGGAGUCAAGAAAAUGAGAAGCAAGCUUGCCCCUAAGAAAAAUGAGACUAUUGGUCUGUAUUAAUUCUAUAUUUGUUUUCCAAUGCCAAAGAAACUUUAUGGUAUACACUAGAAAUGAAGUUGGAUAACAAAUGAUAUAUUAAGUUUUUAUUUAAAUAUUUAAAUGUAUCUUUUUAGAGAUUUUAUUU